AUGGACCACUCAGUCGCCCCGUGGACAUCUCUGAUUUUUAUUAUAACUCUCCUGAGCUGGGAGGUCAGGGCUCUGUCGUCUUUGACAGAGUUUGAUGUAGAUGGUGGACUAGAGGAUCUCUUUGAGGUCAAUGAAGCGGCUGGUCUCGAUCUCUUCGAGGGAGAUAUCGUAUAUGAUGAGAAAGAAGGGAGGAACUCGAUAAUUGGGGAUGAGUACUUGUGGCCCACCACUGUGCCGUACUAUUUGGAGGAUGAUUUGGAUAUUAAUGCCAAAGGAGUCAUCAUGAAGGCGUUUGAACAGUAUCGCCUGAAGACCUGCAUUGACUACAAGCCCUGGAGUGGAGAAAAGAACUACAUCUCUGUGUUUAAAGGCAACGGGUGUUUCUCCUCUGUGGGGAACCGGCAUGUGGGAAAGCAGAGAUUAUCCAUUGGUGCAGGAUGUGACCGAAUCGCCACCAUCGAGCACGAGUUCCUCCAUGCGCUAGGGUUCUGGCACGAGCAGUCACGCGCCGAUCGUGACGACUACGUCAACAUCAUGUGGGAUCGCAUCAAAGAAGGCAAGAAGCACAAUUUCAAUAAAUAUGACGACACCACGUCCAGUUCCCUGAACGUACCUUAUGACUACGGUUCCAUGAUGCACUACAGCAAGAACGCCUUCCGCAACGGCACUGAACCCACCAUCGUCACCAAGAUUCCCGCCUUCAGCGACGUCAUCGGCCAACGCAUGGAGUUCAGUGACAGCGACCUGCUCAAACUGAACAGGCUUUACAAUUGCACAAGACCCACAACUUUCCUGGACACCUGUGACUUUGAGCUGGAGAAUAUUUGCGGGAUGAUCCAAGAUCAUGGUGACCAGGCAGAUUGGGAACGUGUCACCAAGGCAAUUGGUGGACCUGACACAGACUAUUCAAACAUGGGACGUUGUACUGGCACAGGGUACUUCAUGCACUUCAGCACCAUCAGUGGCAGUGAAGGGAACAGUGCUCUGCUAGAAAGCAGGCUGCUCUACCCUAACCGCAACUACCAGUGUCUACAGUUCUUCUACUACCAUAGUGGAAACCCCAACGAUAAGUUGGAGAUCUGGGUGAGAGAAUACAAUAACGCCAACCCUAGCGGAACAUUACGCAUGAUCGAGACAAUAACUGGACUGCCUGAGAAGUUAUGGCAGUUACACCAUGUUAGCCUAAAUGUCUCCACAAAGUUCCGUGUGGUAUUUAAAGGCACAAAGGGUGCUGGAACCUCCACAGGUGGGCUCUCUUUGGACGAUGUCAAUCUUUCUGAGACCACCUGCCCAGAACAUGUGUGGCGGAUCACGAACUUCAAAAAUGUUAUGGAAACCACACCUAUGGGCACUGCCAUAUACAGCCCACGCUUCCAUUCAAAGUAUGGCUACACAUUCCAGAUGGGCUUGUACCCCAAUGGCACAAAUACAUCCUUAGGGGAGUUAGGAGCCUUUGCUCAUCUUACAUCUGGAAGUGACAUGAUAGAUGGUAAUCUCUCUUGGCCCUGCCCAUGGAUGCAGAUUACUAUGACGCUAAUGGAUCAGAAUGCAGACAUCCGCAAACGCAUGUCCAACCAGAGAAGUGUCACAACUGACCCCAAUAAGAAAUCAGAAGAUUCUCAGAUGUUUUUCUGGGACAACCCACGAAAAGUGGGAAAGGAAGAAACAGAUUUGGAUGGGACUAAAUAUUUUAGAGGACCCGGAGAGGGAACAUCUGUAUAUCUGACUCAGGCCAGAGCACUCAGCAGAGACUUUAUCAAGGGGGGAGAUGCAAUCUUCCUCCUCAGCAUGGAAGAUAUAUCACACUUGGUCUCUUCUCAGCCCUUGCCUCCGACCCCUACUACAACCGUUACCGAGCAAUGUUCCUCGGUAACGUGUCAAAACGAUGGAGUGUGUGUGAUGCAAAAUGGUGUAAAAACAGCCUGCAGGUGUGCCGUCGGUGACGACUGGUGGUACUACGGGGACAGGUGUCAGUUUAAGAGUUCGAAGGAGGACAGCGUAGUGAUGGCAGCCGUGUCCUCGGUUGUGGUCUUUCUCAUCAUGGUGAUGGUGACGGUAGUGAGCGUGGUGUGUCUGAAGAAGAAGUAUAAGAAGAAAAUGAAGAACACGAAUGGCGGCAUGACCGCAAAAAACGUCUAUGCGAAUUAA